AUUAUGUAUUACACACAUGUAUCAAACAUUCAUUAUUUUUCUUGAACUUAAGUAUUCGACUUGUAGUAAAAAUUAAGAACAUUUUUUGGAUUGUACCAAUUUUCUUAUCCAAUAAUUUUUCAUCAUAAAAAUAUCUGGUAAAGAAAGUAAAUAACUUUUAUAUAAAACAGUUACAACUUUUAAAAUAAUUGUUUUAGAACAAGAACUUUAUCUUAAGGUGUUAAUGCAAAUUCUUUCUCAUCAUAUAAUUGCUAAUUAAACUUCGUUGCAGUGAUGCCACUAGAAUCAAGCUUUGAUAAAAAAAAAUGUAUAAAAGAAUCAAACUACAGCUUGAAAGAUAUGCAUCUUAAAAUACGUAAUUGGAUCAUUUGGAUUUUAUUGUUUUUGCUAAUAUCUAGUGCUGGAUUAUGUAUUGUAUUUUGGUUUACAAAUUUUUUUAAUUAUUCGAUAAUUUCAAACUUAAAAUUGAAAAAUGGAACUUUGAGCUUUGAAUGGUGGCAACGGCCAAAAGUUCAUGCCGUUUAUCGUGUUCGAUUAUUCAAUUAUACAAAUGUAGAUGAUUUUGAAGCUGAGAAAGUAAGUAAAUUGUACGUAGAAGAAGUUGGGCCGUAUAUUUACAGAGAAUAUUUAACCAGAGUAAAUCCAGAAAUAGGCCUAGAUGGGACAAUUACUUAUCAAGAAAUGCGAAGUUAUCAUUGGGAGAGUGGCCAUUCUGACCAUGAAGUUAUAACUGUACCUAAUAUUCCAUUAUUCACUGCAAUGGCUUUUUCUAGAGAUAUGAGUUUUCUAACUCAAGUAUCAUUAACUGCAAUCCUAUCUACUAUCCAAGCUAAGGCAUUUAUUAAAGUUUCAGCCGGAGAUUUUCUUUGGGGAUAUGAUGAUGAACUAUUCCGCAUUGCCAAACCUGUCAUAGAGUGGCAACAGAAUAUACCGUAUGAAAAAUUUGGUAUGCUAGCGUUCAAAACUGGCCUCUCUAAUGAUCGAAUAACAAUAAACUCUGGCGUUCAUAAUCUUCGUAAUAUAGGCAAUAUUAUACGUGUCAAUGGAAAAAGUACUCGCAAUAUUUGGCACAAUAAAUCUUGUGACAAAAUUGAAGGAUCAGAUGGUAGUAUUUUUCCACCUAAAAUAUUACAAAACUAUGGUGAUGUCAUUAAGGUAUACGCUAAAGAGAUGUGCAGACCUAUUUCUUUAGAGUAUUCACAUACGAAUCAUUCAAAAGGAAUUCCAGUAUUACGGUAUACGUUGUCUGAAAAUGUUUUUAUAUCAAAUUCAACGUACAACUCAUGUUUCUGUCAGAAACAUGUUAAUGCCAAUGAACAAGCUGCUCCUACUUGUUCACCAGAAGGAAUUUUUAAUAAUUCACUUUGUCACUAUGGAGCUCCAAUGCUUUCUUCUUUUCCCCAUUUUUUCAAAGCUAAUGAAAAACUGCUAACUCAUAUAAAGGGCUUGAAACCAAAAAAAGAACAACAUUCUACUUACAUCGAUUUACAUCCUAGACUAGGUGUACCAAUAGGAGGAUGGUCUCGAAUACAACUUAAUUUAGAAGUGCGUAAGGCUGAUGCAGUCCCGUUUAUUGGUCACAUUAAAGAUGGAACAGUACUACCAAUUUUAUGGAUCGAAGUUGGAAUCAACAAAAUACCUAAAUCAGCAAUGAACAUCCUCUACCAUGCGUAUUAUACAUUAAACGCAGUAGAGACAUGUUUACAGAUCGGAAGUUUAACUGGCCUCCUGAUUAUAACUGUAUCAUUAUUCAUUAUUUUAUAUAAACAUUAGACUAAGAUCACCAUAAGCAAUUAAAUAAUAAACUUACAUGAAGUCCAAACAUUUUAAUGGGAAAGAUCACUACUAAGCACUAUUCGUAUAACUAAGAAAUAAGCACAAUAAUAAAAAUAUUCAUAGAUACAUCGUAACUCUUGUAUCUUUUCCCAUAAUAGAAAAACUUUCUGCAAUAUAAUAAUUUUUUUGAUGUA